UAUGAAACCAAGGAACAGGUCUCGCGCAACUAUCCCAGGUUACCUCUGAUAAAACUAGGCUCAGUGACACGACCGAUAAAUCAACCGAAUUUACCAACUACAUUUAUAGCAGCUGCGGGUAGUCAGUGCUUUCCUGAAACCGAAAGUACAGCUUUUGACUGAUUGAAAUGGAAUCUGAGUCGGGUGUGAAGAAAGUGUUGAGUAUUGGGAUGGUAUGCCUGGACAUUGUGACGGUGUGUCAUAAAUAUCCAAAAGAAGACACAGAUCAAAGAGUGCAGGACUACUACUGGCAGAGAGGAGGAAAUGCCUCCACUACAAGCACUGUACUGGCUAUGCUGGGGGAGAGGUCAGAGUUCAUGGGAGCCAUGGCAACAGAUAUAGAAAGCAAUUUUCUCAGGGACAAUCUAAAGAGUUAUGGAGUUAAUUUUGACAAUGCAAUGGUUUGUGGAUCUGAAGUCAAUACCCCUGUUUCCAUGGUGAUCAUUAACAAAUCUAAUGGAUCAAGGACAAUUCUACACUGUGCCAAAAAUUUACCUGAGCUGUCUUUUAGUCAUUUCCAAGCAUUAGAUCUCUCACAGUAUAAAUGGAUCCAUGUAGAGGGUCGGCCAGCACCAGAAGCAUACAGUCAGAUCAUGCAGAGUGUGGUGCAGUACAAUGAGACAGCUGUCAACAAAAUCAGAAUCUCUCUUGAACUGGAAAAACCAGGACGUCCUCAGCUAGAUCCUCUUAUACAGUAUGCAGAUGUGAUAUUUAUCUCCAAGGAAAAGGCUGAUGAUGAACGUUUGUUUUCUAAAGAAGACGUUGUUCGCACCUACAUCAAGAAAUGUAAAGCUGGAGCCAUGGUGAUUUGUGCGUGGGGUGACCAAGGUGCUGCCGGCCUCGGCACAGACGGCUUCCUGUGUACCAGUCCCAUUUUUCCUCCAGAGACAAUGGUAGACACCCUUGGUGCUGGCGAUACAUUCAAUGCCGCCACCAUCUUUGCUCUCUGUCAAGGUUGCAGUUUACAGGACGCUAUCACCCUGGGCUGUAGAGUAGCUGGAGCUAAGUGUGGCAUGAAGGGCAACAAUGGACUUAAAGACAUCAAAUGGUAGAUGUUGUGUAUGGUACACUAGUUGGAACAUUAUAAAUCAUCUCAGUAAGUUUUAUAAAUACUUGUAAAGAUCUGAAAAUGGUGGAAAAUAUCUGAAAAUAGUAUCUAAAUUUACAUUAUCUUUCUAAGACAAUGGUAUUAUAAUGGGUUUAACCAAAGAUUCCUCUUAACAUGCAUUGUUCCUAAUAAACAGCAUACCAGAUGUUUCUUUAUCAAGACAGAAUCUUCAAAAAAUGAGUGACUGAUUUCCUGUAAGCAAGAAGUUAUUUAAGACUAGAAGGAUGAGGAUCACUCGCUGGGAAAAGUGGGGACCUAAAUCCUCACAUGUAGAAUCUCCUAUACCUACAUACAAAUUAUACAAUAUAUUUAUAGUAUUAAAUGGAUUCUAGUUUGUGUCAACAUCAACUGUCACUGCUGUCCAGGGCCCUUUUUUUUUCUGGGUUUGACUAGUUGGACAAAAGCUGUAAGUUUAUGAGAGAAGUUCAGACCUGCUGAUUUUCCAUUCUUAGAAUCUUUGAAUUGGCAGGUAUGUUCUGAUUUAUACUUGAAAUAUAUCAUUUAAAAUGCUGAAGAACUAAUUUGUAUACAUAAACAAAAGGCCCCUGACCUCUAGUCUCUGUUCAUAUAUGUAUGCCAGUGAGAUUGUUUUCCCACGUCUGAUAAAUAACUAUUGUAAAAUAUUUUGAAUCAUAGUCUAGUG